ACACACGCGGCCACAUAAAAAUAGGGUUACAAAAUUGACUGAAGGUGGUGAAAUUUUCGCAACCAAUCUGGGUUUGGAGAAACCUAGUGUGUCCUUUCGGAAUUGACAACAAGAACGGAUUCAUUGUGGACCCAGUGAUUUCUUGUGCAGACGAAUUCUAUUUCAUAGCGUGAAACAACUAUAGUUUCGACGGACUGAAGGUUCCAAUUCUCCAAAUAAAUUGAGAAACAGUGCGCCACACUUUCCCGGUUCGAACAAUGCAAGACGGUGGCUCUGUACAGUAUCAGACCUAUCCUCAGCCUGUUAAUUUGGGGCCUGCAGCGACUUCAACCAAAGUAGUUAAUCUUUCUCGCGCCCAACUUAACCUCGGGCAACCUGCACAACCUUCAACGCAAGGGGCACAGACUUACUAUGCGCAACCUUCCCAGUCGCCGAAUGCUGUGGUACCCUCCGGUCAGUUUCAGCCUACAUCCCCACAGCAUCUUGGAUAUCAAGCCGCACAACCACAGGUCUUUACUGUUGGAUCAAGUCAGGGGAUGCCUCAGCAGCAACAAGUCACUCAAUAUCGUGUCAUAACGACGCCUCAGCAGCCGCAACAACAAACGCCAGAAUUAAACCGCACCGUUUUCUACACUGGUAGUCAACCGACUCCAGCUAACCAGCCAAACGUGAUCCAAUACAGUCAACAACAAGGACAACCACAGAUGGGGGCAUAUGACAUGUAUCCGCAAGCUCAAUUGCAGUACCAACAACCACAGCAGCUGAAUAGGCAAUUUCAAGAAGCACAGCCCACUAGCCAUGUUGUAUUUGCGCAGUCAGCGGUACCUAGCCAGGGGCAGUCGCAGCGGCCAAGCUCGGUUGUGUAUCCAACUCAACCGCCUAGCACAGGUGGAGUGUUCAUGACCUAUCAGCCGACCAAUCAGCAGCCAGCCCAAAUACAACCAACCAGCGUUCAGCCUAGUCAACAGUGGGCAAGUCCUGCAUAUGCAAGGCCAGCCGCCAACAUAAGUGGCUCGGUACCAAACGUGAACCAAGUAAUACCGUCACCACCGCCACCCACGCCCUCCCAGUUCGAGCAGACACCGCUUCGUACUCAACAGGUUAGUUCAGCUGGACAAGUGAAACAAGCCCAAUACCCAGCGCAACAAUUUCAGCAAUAUCGACAACCAAUUUCUCCGGGUCCAGGGUAUACAUCGCAGUCAUCGAUUCAAUAUAACCAACAGCAACAACAACAACGACCACAACAACCAGAGGUUCAGGUGUACCAGCAACAGAGCUAUCAGGCCAGACCACCUGUACCACCUAGCCAAGCGGAUACACAGCACUUAUCACGCAGGACACCAUCCGCUGGGGUUCCAGCAAAAAACAUCAAGGUCAAGUCCUUGCCUAUGCGAAGAACCAGUAGCAUGGAUUCAGUGGAAAUACGAGAACCUCCGCAAUUUACACAACAACCAGCCAGCAAUCUGAACGUGAACGAAGGUGAUCCUGCUAGUGUCAGCGUACGAGUGCGACCAGCAGGUGAUAGUUCGCUCCGAGUCGAGUGGUUCAAGAACGGAAAACCCUUGGCAGCUUCUUCCAGAUUCAGUACAAUAUUUGACCGCGGCUACGCGGUUCUGGAAUUUAUCUACACAAACGAAGAUGACACUGGGGAUUAUUCAUGUGUCGCCACUAACAGCUAUGGUCAGGACCAAUCAUCUGGUUGCCACAUCACCGUCAUACCCGAAGAGGGUGUGGUUACCGAGACUCAGCUACCCGAAGAAUCCAUGGUCGCAAAUCUGGCAGCAAUGGAGAAUCAGAUGAUGCAGAAUGGAUACGAGAGAAACAAUCGAUACCGAGAUGAGGCAAAAUCUACCCGACCACCACAGUUUUUGAAGCCACUGAGCCCUCAAGUCGAUCUGCGUGAAUCUGCUCCAGCACAUUUCGAGACAAUUCUAGAACCAGCAAACGACUCCAGCCUUGUUGUGGAAUGGUUCAAAGAUGGAAAACCUGUAAGCAUGGGUUGUCGAUUCAAUGCCAUUUUGGAUCGCGGGUUUGCUAUCUUGGACAUACUGUACUGCUAUCCGGAGGACAACGGUGCUUACUGGUGUGUUGCACGAAAUUCCAUGGGUCAAGUUCAGAGCAACGUUGUGGAACUACAUUGUACCGCAGAGGCCAGCAUCGUAACCAACUCUGUGCUCUCUAAGGACUCGGUCUCGUAUUUGCAAAGCUUGGACAACUGGGGCAGUGACCAAAUGGCAGGAUACGAUCGCCCCAGACUUGAAGAAGAGGAGGCUCCCAGUGCACCAUCGUUUGAUAUCGUACCGGAGGCACUCACAGUAACGGAGGGAUCACCGGCACGUUUCAUGGUAAAGGCCGGCGGCUAUCCACGUCCGAAAAUAUUCUGGUAUAUAGACGGAGAACUGCUGGCCUCAAGUGGGGGUGGCGGCAACUGGCGUAUUUAUCAAGAUGGUGGCAUCAGUCAUCUGGAGUUUAAUCGUGCAGGUGCACCCAACCAGCACCACAUCCAUGCAGUCGCCAAGAACAAUAUGGGGGAAGUCUCGGUGGAUACCACUCUGGUCAUUGAGCCUCAGCUGGACUUCAGGCCCGAUCUGAGACAUGUACAACCAGAGAAUCCUUUCAAAAAAUUGGCUCAGUUAAAGAAGGUGGAGCGAACUAAUGAACUGGCUUCUGCAUUUAGCAAGCCUAAACCGAAGGCACUAGACCUUCGACGGAUGGAAAGAGAAUCGGAGCACAAGGCGCGUAGCGCUGCCGGUGCUGAAGCACUGGAAGUGGAAAAUUUAUACUCUCGUGUUCAGGCACAGCUUCGUACAAGCCGACGCACUAGCUUACCACCACCUACUCCGCCAGCUCAAGCACCAGUAAGACAGUUUCAGCCACCGGCUUCUGUCACCCCGACGAGACAGCAACGGUCGACGGAACCACCUGUGCAUUCGAUACAGCAACAGGGUGCGCAAAGAUUUCCAGCUCAACAACAACCUCAACAGCCACAUGCACCAGCAAAACAAGCUCCAAUUGCUCCAUCCUCACCAUUGCCUCCACCGCCCCCAAUGGCAAAUCAUGCUGACCCUAUUCCACCACCACCGCCACCUCCUCCAAGUCAAGCUUUUCAUUCAGGAAUUGCAAGCCAGUCGAUCAACACUGCCGUUGAUGCCAGAAAUGAGCUGCUUCAUGACGAAAUUAGCGCCGAUUUUACCAUUCAACUUUAAAGGAACAUACCUACAAAUGUUACUACGUUCUGCAAGAGGUACCCCUCUCUCCAAGCUCAAUUUCGCUUUCAGUACGCCUUAGCAGACGCAUGGCAUCUCCCCUCUUUCUUCCGCAUACCAAUUUGCCCUUUUUCAACUUAACCUCGAACCAAUGUCAUCCAGUAUUAUUCCCCAUAUGUCCAUAUUUUGGCUUUAAGUAAGGCAUUUCGGUUGUGAAUUUCUCUAUAUUCACCAGCACGCGCCCUAAUGAAUUGCGCUUAUUGCUCGAGCCUUGAUAACUCCAAGCAUCACUUUGUUUCAUCCUCUCGUUCAAGUAGUGCUACAGUCGCUUCUGCUCAUUGUAACGCCUUAUCUUUCACCCGACCAUAUACAAAAAACUGGGGUUAACACUAACCCAAAAGCACUCAGCCCAGCGCCGAAAUCACUAGUUAAACUAUUUAUUUUCAGUCACACUGAAGGGACAACUUAUGCUUCAUAACCAACGUUAAUGUAGUACAGCCCCGAAUACUUUUGAUUUUAAAAACCCUGCAUGGAAUGUACCUUUUAAGAACCCUAGUCAUGUGCUUCCUUUUGAUUCCUUCAAAUUUUACCAUGCUUUAACUUGGUCCCAUGAGUUGUUUAUCUAUCAUGACCCCCUGAAUCUUCCUAGAGAGGAAUUAAAGUUCCGAAACCCAUUAUUUAGCUAGUAUAACGGUUUUGUUGUGCAUUUGGAGAACAAAAUAAAUCUUUUAAACCAG